AUGACUUGCAAGUCAGUCUUCAUCAUUGCUAUAGAUUUUGGCACGUCCUUCAGUGGGUACUGCUUUUCCCUUGCUUCAGGAGCAGACCAAAUCCGGCAGGUGUACUGGGGGACAGAGUAUGGGUUCAAGACCCCAAAGACACCCACAUGCAUCUUGUUCAACCAGAAGCAGGAGUUCAGGAAGUUUGGCUAUGAUGCUAUAAUGAAGUACAAGAGCCUGCCCUCCAGCGAAGCUGACAACUGGUACUUCUUCCAGAACUUCAAGAUGAAGCUGUACAACAUGAAAGUCACAUCUGACAUGGGGCUGAAAGCCAGCAAUGGAAAGGUGCUUCCUGCCCUGAUGGUCUUUUCCGAAAGCCUGCGCUACCUGAAGGAACAUGCCCUGAACACCAUCCAAGAGGCUUCUUUCCAAACCGUCUACAGCGAGGAGGAGAUCACCUGGGUCAUUACUGUCCCAGCCAUAUGGAGCGCUGCUGCCAGGCAGUUCAUGCGGCUGGCAGCAAAAGAGGCAGGACUUAUCUCUGAUAUGACCUCUGAGAAGCUGAUCAUUGCCUUAGAGUCAGAGGCUGCAUCACUGUGGUGCAAACAGCUUCCACAGGAAGGGUUUAUGACAGCCAGCAAUGACAAGAAGAAGUUGGAAGACUCCCCUGGGAUCCAGUAUAUUGUUGUUGACUGUGGAGGUGGCACAGUAGACAUCACAGUACAUGAGAUCCAAGAAAACCAUUGCCUGAAGGAACUACACAAGGCAUCUGGAGGUGGAUGGGGAGGCAACAAAGUGGAUGAAAACUUCAUGGAUUUCCUUAGGGAAAUAUUCAAUGAUGGUGUAUGGGGUGAAUAUGAAAAGGAACACCCUACUGAAUUACAACAUAUGAUGUACAACUUUGGUCUACAGAAAUGCUCUGCUAGCAGAGAGGCAGUCUACAUACGUUGCUACUACAACUUGACCAAACUGGCAGAGCGCAAGAAGGACAUCUCCCACUUCUUCAAAAAAGUAAAUGGAGUUGUGUGGUGCGAUGGGGUGUUCAUGGUUACAUAUGAGAAAAUGAAGACCUUUUUUGAUUACAGUAUCAGAAAUAUCAUUUUUACUUUGAGGGUAAUUCUUGACAAGCCUGAGAUGGCCAAGGUCCAGUACAUUUUGCUUGUAGGAGGCUUUGCAUCUAGCAUCAUCUUGAGAGAUGAGAUCAAUCAGGCCUUUAGUGAGGAGUAUCAUAUCCUAUGUCCAUUGGAUGCCCAAGCAGCCAUUGUAAAAGGGGCUGUUUUAUUUGGGGUCAAUCCAUGCAUAGUUGCCUCAAGAGUCAGUGCUCGGACAUAUGGCAUAGCAGUAAAUCAGGACUUUGAUGCUGCAAUCCAUGACUGCCGUAAAAAAAAGAUCUCAAAAAAGGAUGGCUAUAUUUACUGUACAGAUCUCUUCAAGAAAUUGGUUGGAAUUGAUGAGUCAGUGAAUAUAAAUGAAGAUGCCCAUUAUUAUUUCCAUCCAACAGAAGCAGAUCAAACACAAGCAAAGUUUUCUUUCUAUUGUACAGAAAAGCAGGAUGCUCAGUAUGUAGAUGAGGAAGGGAUGGAAUGCGUUGGCUCCUGUAUAGUGCCAAUGCCAGACACAAAGCUUGGGAGGAAGCGCCAACUGAAGCUGGAUAUUAAAUUUGGGCUCACUGAAAUUAAAGCCACAUGUACUGACAUUACUUCCAAACAAAAACGGACAAUUGCAAUAGAUUUUUUAUCUGUGUAA